AUGCAGCCACUUGUGCUUCCUGGUCCGCUUGUCAUGUGGCUGCUGACGGCACAGGGACGAAACAAAACGGCUCAUGGUUCACGGCCCACGGCUGGGCUGGAGAAACGAAAGCUGCGUGGAGUGCCGCGCGGCCACGCCGCUCGCAUGCCCGACAGCCCCGCCGCCCCCCGGCCGCCCAGCCCCGGACCUCCGGCAGAUGGAGACGGUGCCACUGCCCCCACGGAGAUUGAACCCCAGCCGGGUACACCCCCGUGCUCCCCUCCAGCCCACCCUUCCAAGGUGGAGGACGACUUCCAGUUCAUCCUCUGCGAGGGCUGCCAGCAGGAAUCGCCCAACCUCAAGCUCCUCACCUGCCUCCACACCUUUUGCCUCGGUUGCCUGAGUGAGAACAAGCCCAUCGGGCAGUGCCCCAAGUGCUGCACGGCCAUCCCGCAGGCCAGCGGCAUCCCCGACAUGGACAACCUGCUCUUCACCAACCUGCAGGCCAGGCUCAGCAUCUACAAGAAGAUGAGUAACAGCAGUGGCCCGAGUUGCAGCCGGUGCCGGGGGGAAGCAGCGGUGGUGUGGUGCUGUGAGUGUGAGGAGUUCCUCUGCACCAAGUGCUUUGAUGACCACCAGUGGUUCUUCAAGAAGAGGAGCCACAAGGCCAGGAGGGUGGAGGAGCUUUGUGCUGAGUCAGCCCAUCAGUUCCUGGAAGACACCAGAAAGUCCUGCAACCUCUUGUGCUCCAAUCCCAGUCACGCUGACCAGGGCUACAUCUCCAGCAUCUACUGCAAGACGUGUGAGAAGGCGCUGUGCUGCAUCUGCGCGCUGCUGGACAGCCAGCAUGCCUCCUUCUGCGACAUCCGCAGUGAGACCCAGCGCAGGCAGGAGGAGCUGGGCACCAUCAGCCAGGAGCUGAGGCAGAAGAGAAGUGGCUUUGAGGCCACCUACGUGGCGCUGCAGGAUGAGGCCGCCCGGCUGGAGGAGGCAGAGCGGGAGAUGCGGGAGCUGAUCCAGCAGCGCGUGGAGCAGCUGGUGCGGCUGAUCCGACGGGAGGAAGAGGAGCUGCUGGGGCUGGUGGAGGCGCGGCAGGAGCAGGGCCGGCGGGAGCUGAUGAGGGAGCUGCAGCGUGUGGAAGGGGUGCUGCAGCGGAUGGAGGCAGGCGAGCAGCUGGUGGAGAAGAUGAGGCUCUAUGCCACAGAGCAGGAGGUGAUGGACAUGCAGCCCUUCAUCAAGGGCUCGCUGGAGGAGCUGCAGCGACUGCAGCUGCCAGCGGCUGGGGACCGAGCACAGCCCAGGGACUUGAGCGAGUGCAAAGCCAGGCUGCAGGCGCUGGUGGAGCGUGUCACGGGGCACCCAGGCACUAACUCUCCAUCUGUCCCUGUGGUUGAGGUGGCCCAGGAGAACAACCUGGAAGAGGAGCUGGUGCAGCCUCAGAACCAGACUGUCUUACCCACCUUCACCAUCAACCUUGAGGAGACACUUACAAACCCGGCUCCCCCUGUCACCACAUGGCCCAAGCGGAGGUCACAUUGUGUGGGAACGGGCAGCCCAAUCUCACCCAAGCUAUUGAAGCUGGAGUGCAACAACAUGCCAGACCCCAGUGAUCCCAGUUCACACCAGUGGGAUGACAGAAGUGGGCCCAGCACCUCUACAUCGAGCCAAAACUGUGGCAGCAUCCCUGCCACCAGCAGGCAUGCUGAUGAUGCAGAAGACACCAGCAUUAUCAUCUGCAGCUCAGAGGACAGCGAGGAAGAUACGGUGGCUUCCAGAAAGCUCAAGGACAUCAAGAAGUCCUCCAGUCCCACAUGGUCUGGGAGCAGCACCUCACCCCAACACAACACUGGCCCCACCAGCCCCUGGGACGACAGGUCGGAGCUGAACACCUUAGUGUUCUUCAGCUUGAAGCUUGACCAGAAAACCCACCACAUCACGGAGGUGGCAGCAGCAAAUGGAGAGCACACCUUCAAGGCACUGAUUCAGACGCCAGAGUCGGUGCUGACGCUGCUUUCCCAGGGCGUCACCAUGGAGGAGGGGAUUCAACACCUCCUCUGGUACCUCUCCCCACUCCCCAGGCCCAUCCUCGUCAUCUAUAACUUCUGGGCACUGGAGAUGCCCGCUCUCUUUAAAGCCCUGGAUGCCACAGGCAUGAAAGUGGAAUUCUGCCACAUAGUGGGUGGUUACGUGGAUAUGUUGUCCUUGAUCAAAGAAAAGCUGCCCAAGGCAUCUUCCUACGACCUGAAAAACCUGAUGAGAAGGCACCUGCAGCAGCAUCUCAACAAGGACAGCACGCUGGCCACAGCCAAGGCCUUGCAGGAGCUUUGGGGAGCCCUGGAGCUCCCUGCCUGCGCUGAUGUGGGGAUGAUGUUCACCCACUGCAACCUGCAGAGCUACACCACCCUGCAGCCCCUGGUGCGGGAGAAGCUGCUCACCAGGAGGGCGGCCAAGAUCCUGGCCCAGCGCAACCUCAUCCUCUGGGAGCUGGAAGAGGCGUGAGCGCAACUGUGGGGUGAGCUGAGCUGGCCAGGUCUCAGGCCAAACGCACCAGGGAUGCAGGGAUGCUCGUGGUGGUGCCAAACAGGACUCGCAGACCCUCUCUGCUGCCAGCACAGGGCUUAAAAGGUUCAGGACCCUGGGUCAGUUCUAGGGGGAAGAAAUCACCCAAAUUAAUAUCUUUAUAAAAUAAAUUACACAGCGCAGGCCAACAUAAUUCA